AAUAUGGGGUCGUUGAAAGCUUUACAAGAAUGGUGUCGAAUACAGUGUGAAAAUUACCGUGACGUGGAAAUAAAGAACAUGUCAGCUUCGUUCAGGGAUGGCAUGGCUUUUUGUGCCAUAAUCCACAAACACAGACCGGAUUUGAUAGACUUUGACUCCCUCUCUAAGCACAAUGUCUAUGACAACAACCGCCUGGCAUUUGAGACAGCAGAGUCGGAGCUGGGCAUUCCGGCCCUGCUGGACCCCGAGGAUAUGGUGUCCAUGAAGGUGCCUGAUCGGCUGAGCAUUAUCACAUACGUCUCCCAGUACUACAACUACUUUACCAACAAGUCUCAAGCAGCCACCCGUCCUUCCUUGAAAAUUCCAGGUCAUACAGUCCAAAACAAGCUGGCCAUAAAGAGUAAUGACCAAGUACCAGAGUCCAAGAAAAGCGCAGAUGACCAAUCAAAACGCAAAGCCCUGAGCAGCACCUGCGCAGCCUGCCAGAAGCAUGUCCACCUGGUGCAGAGGCACCUGGUCGAUGGCAAACUCUAUCACCGCAACUGCUUCAGGUGUGCGGAGUGCAGUAGCACCCUGAUACCUGGCUCUUACAAAUUAGGAAGUGAGGCUGGCUCCCUGGUCUGCACUCACCACUUUAAUGGUCGCAACAGUCGCCCAGACCUCAGCAAGCUGAAAGGACCAAUGGCAGGAUUAGGAGGGAGGGCUUCACCACCUGAGACUCCGCCCACCACAAGAGGCCAGGAGAAGGCUCCACCCCAGAGUGUGGCCAGUGAGGAAACGUCGCUCUGUCCUGAUUCGGACAGAGAAUCAGAUGCAGUGCAGAAUGAUGGGAACAAAGAGGAGAACAGAGAAGCAGAAAAAGAUGAAAGCAGACAGUCGGGGGACCGUGUGAAAGAAUCGGGUGGAGAGGCAGAGGGCAGAGAGAAAGGGGAAGAUGGAAGCAAGGAGACCAUGGACAGAAGGGAAGAGGAGGAAUGCAGAGAGAGGGAUGGAAGCGGAGAGGAUGAGGAACUCCAGCUGUCCAUUCCUCCUGGUCUUACUGAGCACGGAAAUCAACAGGGUGAUCAAGCGGAAGCACAUGCAAAGAAAGAAACGGAAAAUUCCGCCAGUCAGUUGGGAGCCAGCGCACGACCUGUGCCUGCCCCCCGACGGGUCUUUGGCCCCACUCCUCCACGUCCAGCGCCUAGGACCCGGCCCCCCAGGGUAAAGGACAGCCCCAUCAUCAAUGGUGAUCCAGUUUCAGGUGCCUGUGCAGGUGAUCCAGGUAAUCCACCUGACCCCAGCAGAAUCACUUCUGCUCCAACAGAGAGAUCCCUGUCCCCAGGGAGUUCCAGCCAAUCCUGUGGAACCCACAAACCCAAAGAUCCGCCCUGGAUGGCCCUGGUGCACCCUGGGCCAUGGAGGAAACUACCCCCAGCCCCUCCCGCUCACAUGACCUCUCUUCCGCGAUCUGGCACUGUACCAUCCUCCAGCGGCUGGGGGUCCAGGCUGGCCGCAUCUACCAAUCCCUUUGAGAUUGAGGAGAAGGCGGAUGAAGAGGCAGAAGAGGAGGCAGGGCCUGUUAGCAUCUUAGGGCCACCCUCUGUGGUGGCCAAGCACCCCUGGUAUGGGAUUUCUGGGGCAGCCAAAGCAGCCAGUAUGGACAGUCCCACUCGUGCGGCCAGCACAGCUUGUCCAGCCAACAAAGGCAGCCCAACCCAUGCAGCUAGUCCAGCCAACAGAGUCAGCCAAACCCAUACAGCUACUCCAGCCAGCGCAGCUAGUCCAGCUGAUAAUGUCAGCCCAACCCGCACAGCCAACUCGAGCAGCCCAAAGAGUAAGAAAAGGCGAGCGCCCGCAGUCCCACAGUCCUCUUCCACAGACUGCAGCUACUCCAAGUGUUUGCCUGAUAGCCAGUCUCAUCCUUUUCCUAAGAGUGUAUCUGAACCAGCUAUUGGUGCAUCUGCUAUCUCGUCCUCCAAUCAUGAACCUGAACAGCCUGCUAGCGCCUCCCCACCCCACCAAUCAGCCAGUUCCAGCUCAUCUCCCAUGGCUGCUGAGAGCACAGGCAGUGUUUGCUUUAAUUGUGUGGGUUCCCCACCUCCAAUGCCCCUGUCUAUCCCCAGUUCUCCAUCAACUCCCAGCUUGUUAUUAAUCCAGAGUCCCUCAUCAAUCCACCACUCCAUAUCAAUCCCCAGCCUUUUGUCAAUCCACAACGCCCCAUCAAUUCCCUGCUCACUAUCAUUCCCCAAUCCCUCAUCAGCCCCCCACUCUGUAUCAAUCCCUAGCUUCUUACCUGUCCCAAACUCCCGAUCAGUUCCAAGCUCCCUAUUGGUUCCCAACUACUCAUCAGUCCCCCAUGCUGUAUCUAUCCCCAGCCUCGUAUCAAUUCCCAAUCCCCCCUUAAUUCCCGCUAAUUCCAUGUCAGUUCCCAACCCGUCAUCAGUCCCCAGCUCAAUUCCCAAUCAGUCAUCAAUCCCCCACUCUGUAUCAAUCCCAAGUCUCUUAUCAAUGCCCAACUCUCAGUUUAUUCCCAGCCCUCUAUCAGUUCCCAACCCAUCAUCAAUCCUCCAUUCUGUAUCAAUCCCAAACCUAUUAUCAGUCCCCAACUAUCCAUUAGUUCCCAGCUCUCUAUCCUUUCCCAACUCUUCAUCAAUUCCUGGCUGUGUAUCGACAGCCGGUCUUUCAUCAGUCCCUAACUCCCUAUCAAUGUCCAGGUCCAUAUCAAUCCCCAGUUUACCAUCAGCUCUUAAUGCACCUAUGGAAGUGGGAGCUUCACCACCGGCCCCCUCUCAGUUUAAGCGGGCUUGUAAGAAGAAUCCCUUCAAUCAGAAAGCCUCUCCGUCCUACACCUCCCCCAAAUCCAGCUCCUGUGAGGGCCCCUGCUCCACCCGGCCACGCGCCCCAGGACACGGCUUCCCACUCAUCAAGAGGAAGGUGCAAUCGGACCAGUUCGUCCCGGUGGAGGACAUCCAGAUGGAGAUGGCAGAGCUGGAGAGACGGCUGGACCAGCUGGAGCUGAGAGGCGUGGAGCUGGAGAGGAGACUCAGACACUGCCAGGAUGGCGAGGAGGAGGAAACCAUGCUGGUGGACUGGUUCACUCUCAUCCACGAGAAGCACAUGCUGGUGCGGAGGGAGGCGGAGCUGGUCUACACGGCAAAACAGCAGAAUCUGGAGGAGAGACAGGCAGAUGUGGAGUAUGAGCUGAGAUGUCUCCUCAACAAGCCGGAGACGGAGUGGAUUAAGGACGAUCGGGACAGAGAACAGCAGCUGAUGAUAGAGCUGGUCACCAUCAUUGAGGAGAGGAACCAAAUCAUCAACAGCAUGGACCAGGACAAGCAGCGGGAGGAGGUGGAGGACAAGCUGCUGGCAGCCAUGAUCAAGAGGAAAGAUUUCCACAGGGAAACAGACAGCGCACAGAGGAAGAGAGCGGGCAUGUUUAAAGCACUGAAAGUCCUGAAGAUGCUGAGCCACAAGACUGAGGGGGGCAAGAGUAAGAGCCACCAUAAGGGCAAGAGAUGAGAGAGGGCAAGAGCUGGAGGGAGACGGGCCCACAGAGACAGCAGGACGAAUUCAGAGGGAAGAGGGUGAAGUUACGGGUUGAUUGCGUGCAUGAGAUGGUGACCAGGACGUGUCAUCACCAGAGGAACAUAAAAUCUGAAUGCAGGAGGAAGUGGUAUGGAGAGAGCGAGAAGGAGAAUGAAGCUGAGAACAUAAAGACCCCAUCCACAGUCGAACCUAAAACACCCCCCAACUCAUUCCCCAACUCAAAAAAAAACACGCUCCUUGCCUAUUUCUCAAUCCAGUCCAAACCCUCAUGCACCCAUGAGUGUAAUGAGGAUAUUUUUGCAUCACGUUUGUGUACAAAAGAACACAACAGCACAUACAAGUGUGAA